CCGUCCAUUGGAAGAAAGGGUAUUACUAAAACUAGAUGGACGGUCUAGAUCAGUUGAUUUACCAAGAAAAAAAGAACGUCCCUAUCCAGGUAGUUUGUUUCUCUUUUUUAGAUCUCUCCGUAUCAAAAAGCGGCAACCAUUUAGCUCAGUAUUUUCCUCUUCACGGAUCCCUCGCCCUACUAUUGCCGGCGGCGAGCUCGAGCUCGAUCUCCAUGGAGAUGCCCUCUAUCUCCUCGACUCCCCGCACCGUCGAAGAGAUCUUCAAAGACUUCUGCGGCCGACGCAGCGGCAUCAUCCGCGCUCUUAAUCAAGAGGUCGAUGAAUUCUACGCACUCUGCGAUCCGGAAAAGGAGAACUUGUGCCUGUACGGGCAUCCGAACAGCACGUGGGAGGUGACUCUUCCGGCGGAAGAGGUGCCGCCGGAGCUUCCGGAACCUGCGCUAGGAAUAAAUUUCGCCAGAGAUGGAAUGAACCGGAGGGAUUGGCUCUCUCUAGUAGCGGUGCACAGUGACUCCUGGCUGCUCUCUGUUGCCUUCUAUCUUGGGGCACGUUUCAAUGGCAAUGAAAGGAAGCGAUUGUUCAGCAUGAUCAAUGAUUUACCAACUGUUUUUGAGGUCGUUACUGAAAGGAAGCCAGGAAGGGAGAAGUCUGAUAAUGGAAGCAAGUCUAAACAAUCAACCAAGCGAACGAGCGACGGGCAGAUCAAGAACAAUACAAAGCAUGCUGAUGACGGCUAUGGAGAAGAUGAAGACGAGCACAGCGAAACCCUUUGCGGAGCUUGCGGUGGCAAUUACAGCCCCAGUGAAUUCUGGAUUGGAUGCGAUGUGUGUGAGAGGUGGUUUCAUGGUAAGUGCGUAAAGAUCACGCCGGCUAAAGCUGAGAGCAUAAAGCAGUACAAAUGCCCCAGCUGCAGUUCGAAGCGAGGAAGACAGUAGUAGUAAAAUCAGAGAAAAAGAGAGAAGGAUGGAGAAUUUGUAUCUUCUGUUUGCUGACAGAUUUCAAGAUGUUUUGUUUUGUUCAUGGUUAAUAUAUUAGAUUCUAGUGGUGUUUCUUUAUGGUGUUAGUGUUUAUAGAUUAUGAACUAUACAGCUGCGAACUCUUUUUAAGUAUACAUAUACAGGAAGAGAAUAGUUGGCUGUAAACAUUAAUUUUAGAAAUGGACUUCAGCUUCGCAUGCUUUUCUUCCA